AUGCCUAUUGGACUCCCUUUCAAGCCGUCAUCGCUUCUUAUGCACAGGCGAAUUUUGAUGCGAGGAUUCGCCACACAGGCCUUCCAGGUCAAUGGGCAUCGUUACUGUAUUCCAGAGCAUGGCCAGCAUGUUGUUGGCAUUUGUGUUGAUGGAUGUUGUCCGGAAUAUCUCAAAGCUGCCAAGUUUCACAUGCCCAACCUUAAUCGAAAGAUCCUAGCUGAGUCGAAGGGCCAUAUGAAGAUCGUUCGAAGUGCUAUGCCGACUCUGACUAAUCCGAACAAUAUGUCGAUUGUGACCGGUGUCCCUCCUGCCAUUCACGGUAUAUCUGGCAACUAUUACUUUGAUGUCAAUACUCAGAAAGAAGUCAUGAUGACUGGUCCUGAACUGCUACGUUGCCCGACAAUAUUCCCAGAAUUUCUCAAAGUGCCGGACACUGUCGUGGUGAUCUUAACGGUGAAGCAUAAGGUAUUCACGGAGACACCCCGGGAUCUGCUGUCACCAAGAUGGAUUCAACAACUCCUUGUUAGGUUCACCAAUGGGAAGAUCGCAUCAUUCAGUGAUCUGUCCAAUGAAUGGCGAGAAGUUCCGAGCGUUUACUCUGCAGAAUCGUCUCUGUUCAUGCUCGACCUUGGUAUCGGCCUCCUGGACUUCUUGGCAUAUACACAGCCAGAGAAGCGAGUCCUUGCGUACUUCUCAACGACAGAUUUCAUUCAACAUAAGUAUGCACCAUUCGACUACGAGGCAAUGAUGUUUUAUAAAGCCCUCGAUGAGCGUCUAGGGGCCCUACAUGAACGGGGUGUAGUUAUCGGUGUUACAGCUGACCACGGCAUGAGUGACAAGACCGAUCCGAGUAUUGCACAAGAGCCUAAUGUGGUGUAUAUCGAGUCAGAGUUGGCAGCACAUGGUAUCGUUGGUGGACGAUGCAUCCUGCCAAUCACUGAUCCCUAUGUACGACACCAUGGUGCAUUGGGAGGAUAUGCGAUCGUAUAUGUCCCUCCUGAGUCAGUUGAACGCAGUUUUGGCAUUCUGGAAGAUCUCGGAAAGUACGACGAUGCUCCUUUCAUGGUAUACCGUCGUGAAGACGCUGCUGAGCUAUUCGAGCUUCCAGUUGACCGAAUAGGCGAUUUGAUCCUCGAUGGAGGCCCAAGCACAGUCUUGGGGAGAACUCCAGAAUACCACGAUUUGUCUCAGGUCGGGGUUUGCCGGGUCGAGGCUCGAGAAUUCCUAUCUUUCCACGUGUUAGGUUCCGAAGUUGCGCUCGCAUGGCUCUAG